GGCUUUGUAGUCAGGCAGACAUAACAAAGCCGUCCAAUCACAAAAAAAUCUGAAAGGGGAUUUUUGCUGUAUCUUGGCUCAGAUGGUGGUACUUAGCACUGGUUAGUUGGUCCAGAUGUCGGAGGCAGAGCGGCACCAGCAAGCCGAAGCCUCCCGGCGGGGGGAUGGCAGUCUGGAGGCAGGUGAGGGCGACACGGAGCCCAGCAUGCUGUUGCAGAAACUCAAGAGCAACAUCUCGAAGAGUGUUCAGACCAAAGUGGAUCAGAUCCUGCAAGAUGUUCAGCGUUUCUCCGACAAUGACAAGCUGUACCUGUACCUCCAGUUGCCCUCUGGACCCAGCUCUGGAGACAAGAGUGGUGGCGACUCCAGCUCCUUCAACACAGCUGAUCAGCUUCACACCUGUAACUGGAUCCGCAGUCACCUGGAGGAGCAUUCAGACACCUGCCUGCCUAAACAGGAUGUCUACGAGACAUACAAGAGAUACUGUGAGAACCUGCAGCAUCGCCCUCUGAGCGCCGCAAACUUUGGGAAAAUCAUCAGAGACAUUUUCCCCAACAUCAAGGCCCGACGGCUCGGCGGCAGAGGACAGUCCAAAUACUGUUACAGCGGUAUCAGGAGAAAGACGGUUCUUAACAUGCCUCUGCUGCCCAACCUGGACCUGAAGAAUGACCCGGCAGAGCUGACUGAGCUGGUCCAGACGUACAAGCAGGAAGUGACAGAGGCGGCAUGUGAGCUGAUCUGUGAUUGGGCGCAGAAGAUCCUAAAGCGUUCAUUCGACACGGUGGUGGAGAUCGCUCGUUACCUGAUCCAGGAGCACAUUGUCAACCCUCGCUGCAGCCAGGCCGAGCUGGUGACCUCCGCAGCGCUGGCAGGAGGUCCAGCCAAACCCCACAAGGUCAUCAAGAAAACACCCGUCAUCUCCAAAGCUGAGAGCGACCUAGCUGCUGAUCAGAAGAAGGAACACACUGACUCGUCCUCCUCCUCUUCAUUAAAGCCCCUGCCUGGAGAUAAAUCAGCUGCAGCAGCCAAACCUUCCUCCUUGGAUGCUCCUCCUCUUCCUCCCACCUCGUCCUCUUCCUCCUCUCUGCGUCCUGCGGUGGAGGCAUUCAUGAAGCAGUUACCCAGAAUCCUCCCUCGGAGCUCCAUCCCUGAUAAGACCCAGCUAUCGGUCCGCUCCUCUCCCCCCUCACUGGCUCCCAAAGAUGCCUCAGGUGUCGGGGGGGCUUCUGGACCCGGAGGCCCAGCUGCUGCUGCUGCCGCUAGUGGUGGUGGGGUGAAGGUCAUUGCCAUGGCGACGCUGCCCCAGCAGCAGGGCGGGCCUGUCCCAGUGAUGAUCCUGCCUCAGGGCUGUCUGUCGUACGAGCGGGAGAAGGUUGCGCCCCCGCCACAACCUCCUCCUCCACCUCCUCCUCCUCCUCAGCAGCAGCAGCAGCAGCACACCCCUGCAGCCCCCACCUCAGUGGUCCAGAAAGCACGAGGGAACGCCAGCAAGCGCCCCCUGGAGGUGGUGGCAUCAAGCGGUGGCCCUGUGGGUGUGUCUGGUGGUUCUGCUGCUCCUCCAGUGAAACGGAAACGUGGCAGACCAAGAAAACCUCGACCGGAAGACACCCUGCCUCCUCCUCCUCCUGCUGCUCUUUCUCCCAAGCCUCCCCCUCCUGCCCCUCCCUCCCAUCCUCCCAUCAUCACCUCCCUCACCGGCGGCGUCAUCCAGAAAGCUUCCUCCUCCUCCUCCUCCUCUUCCUCCUCCUCCUCGCAGCAGGUGCUGGAGCUGGUGAUCCAGGACCAGCCGGGGCUGGUUGUCAGUCAGCUACCAGCAGUGUCGGACCCUGCUCACCGGCUGGUGGAGCACCGCGGGGUAGUGGUGCAGUGUCAGCCAGGUGGCGCAGUGGAGGCUGACCGCCACAGCAGGCCGCUGCUGCUGUUCCAGAGUCCAGGGAACCCCAGCUGGGAGCUGGCGGCGUCGGGACGGACCCCAAUGGUGGAGGUCAUCCAAAAAGCUCCUAGGCCAAGCAAUAACAACAGCAGCACCGCUCCUCUACCUGCAGCACACCUCCACCCUCCUCCUCCUCCUCUUCCUCUGCCCACGCUGCACGAGGAGCGGGGUGAGGUUGAGAUAACGUUGACGCCGGUGGAGCUGCACGUCAACCCGCCGCUGCCUUCCACCUCUUCCUCUGGUCUUGCCUCCUCUUCCUCCAUCUGCUCCAUCACAGCAGGGAAGAGUGAGGAAGAGGAGGCAGGAGAGGGCAGCAGCACCUCCUCAAAGAAAGAGGGACACUAGCUGUCAUCACUCUUCUUCCUCCUCAUCCUUUGUAUCAGCCCUCACUCAGCUUUUACCUCACCUGCGACAAAACCCCACCCCCUUAUAUCCCCUCUUCCCUUAUUGGUGGAAAUCCCAGAUUGGCAACAGCAGAGAGCCAAUCGAGGAGGAUAAAUGAAGCCAAACCUCAACACUCUGUCCUUCCAUCGGCUCUCAUUGCACUUGUAAACAGACUGGAUGCUGUUAGAAACCAGUGAAUCUUUAUCUGCAUGUCUGUCUGUCUGUGUGUCUGUCUGUGUGUCGACUGAAACCAGCAGAACGACUCCUCAGGUGGCCGGACCUGAAAUCAAACCUCUUCCUCUCUCAUCUUCCCUUCCUUUCUUCCUUCCUUGCCUCCUUGUAUCCUUUAUCUCCAGACUUGUCAUUUUCUGUGCUGAGGUUUGGUCGUCUGCUGCGUUGCUUCAGAUCAGUCGAUUUAUAAAAAAAAACAAAAAAAACAAAACAAAACACAGAUAAAAGAACAGAGUGAUGUAAAGGAAGGAGAGAAGAGGAAGAGGGGAAGGAGACAUGUCUCCAGGAUUGAAUCAAGCCCCAGAUGAAGUUCAGCCUGGAGUGGAUAGACACAGAAGAUACUACGGGUCAGAGCCUUGUAAAGGUUCUUUGUGCUAAAUAUGAAAAAAUGACCUCUUUAAUGGAGCUCUGCCUCAAUUCACCUUCACUUCACUUCAUACAAAUAAAACAAAAUAAGAUUUUAGGAUGCUGUGCUGCAACUGUUGGACAAUAAAUCUGGAUGUUUUCAAGCCUGUAAAAGUUAAUUAAGUCAACAAAGAGUAAGUGGAAGUGAAAACAAAGUCCUGGAUUGAAUGUGAAUUGAAGCUCGGCUCCACUCUCCUCUUUAAAGAGUUCCUCUGUUCUAAACAGCUUUGGUUUGUUGUGUUUGUGUUGGUUUAGUAGAUGUUUCUGAUUGCGUGUGUGUGUCUGUCUGUCUGUAUGUCUUUGUCUGUGUGUGUGUGAGACAGGGAGAGUUUCAAGGCCCUCAUCAACUACAGAAAAACGUUCACAUGAAAGUCAGUCAUUUAUUUAGUCGAGGCUAAUUAUCAAAUCCUUAAUUCAGACUUGUUUUUUUUGUAUUUUAGUGAGGUCGUUAAUGAAAUCGUUUAAAACUAAUGAAAAACACUUAAUGUCAGGUUCAAGUCUGUGGUGGGGGGCAGUCAUGUUUGUAGUUUAAAGGCCUGUUUUUCCAAAAAGGCACCUUCAGCCUGGUUCCUGUUUACCUCAGUCUCUUAUCAAACCUUUUAUUGUUGCUUUAAAAGUUUAACUUUACAGCAAAUUUCACUAUUUGAAACGACUAAAAUCUCACUUCAUUGUAGAGCUGCGUGCAGCGCAUCGAUUCACCCAGCUCCCCCACAUGCGAUUAAAACACCUGCCCCACAUUUUGAUUUUUUAAUUUUCCGAGCUGGACUGUUUAUUUGGAGACUUUUUGAAAUAUAUAAACCGUUCAGUGCUCCACAAUGUCAGAGCGCAAGUUUGAAGUGUGCAUUCAUGGUACUGCAAAAAAUCUGAAUUUAGAGAGGUUACAAAAAAUGAUACACAAGGGGCACACAGGCAAGGAAGAGGAAAAUUAUCGGAAAGUUAGCAACCCUCUCUCUCUUUAUCAUGAGACUGCUGCUGCUGACCAGAGCUCUGUGCCUGACACAGAGUCACACAUACAGGGAGACGGCUAACUAGCUAACACUACCAGGAGGAUAUUAACAGGUUUAAUGACAGAGUGGAGUGUACAACAAUUUUAUUUUUUUUUUGAAGAUAUUUUUUG